CUACAGUCGGCCUGCCCUGUCUGCCUCUGAGCCUGCUGGGAGUUGGAGGGAGAAACCGUCGAGGGAGAGCGAGCAGGGGGGGAAGAGUGUAUGUAUGUGUGUGUGAGUGUGUGUGUGUGUGUGAGUGUAUGCGCGGGUCCCAAACUGGAAAUCACUACGACAAAAAAAGAGAAGAAAAAGGCGCACACAUUCGCAAUUCGAGCGGACUUUGAAGCCCUCCGGACGGGCUGUUGCUGUUCAGGAGACCCUGAAACUUGCGUGAUUGUGUUUUUUUUUCUUCCUUCUUCUUCUUCGGUGGUGGCAGCAGCGCUGUUGCGCCGCGCGGACUACUCCGCUACUUGACUGGAUUCAUUGGUGGGAGCAGGAUUGCGCAUUGGCUCUGCUGUGUAUCCACCGCUUAUCCAGAGAGGAAGGGGAACCAUGAAGAGCUGAACCUUUUCCUCUUUUUUUUGAGUGAAAUCUCUUCCAAGUGUCAUUUUGUCUUCAGCCUCUUCUUCUUCUCUCGCGUUCAUUUUCUCGUCCUGUGUGGGAUGCGUCGGCUGCUUUAGGACCCCGCUUCUUGAUAAACAGUUUUUACAAGAAGUUUACAACAAGCUUCGGACAAGAGAAGACGGAAAAUGUCUACGCCGAGGUUUAAGAAGGAUAAAGAAAUCAUCGCGGAGUACGAGAGCCAAGUGAAAGAGAUUCGGGCGCAGCUGGUGGAGCAGCAGAAAUGCCUGGACCAGCAGACAGAGAUGAGGGUCCAGCUGCUGCAGGACCUCCAGGACUUCUUCAGGAAAAAGGCUGAGAUUGAGAUGGAGUAUUCCAGAAACCUGGAGAAACUGGCCGAACGCUUCAUGGCAAAGACACGCAGCACCAAGGACCACCAGCAGUACAAGAAAGACCAGAACCUGCUGUCCCCAGUCAACUGUUGGUACCUGCUGCUGAACCAGGUGAGGAGGGAGAGCAAGGACCACGCCACACUGAGCGACAUCUACCUCAACAACGUCAUCAUGAGGUUCAUGCAGAUCAGUGAAGACUCUACGAGACUACUUAAGAAGAGUAAGGAAAUAGCCUUUCAGCUCCAGGAAGAUUUAAUGAAGGUCCUAAAUGAGCUAUACACAGUGAUGAAGACUUACCACAUGUACCACUCGGAGAGCAUCAGUGCUGAGAGCAAGCUGAAGGAGGCUGAGAAGCAGGAGGAGAAGCAGAUCGGCAGGGGAGAUCCAGUCUUCAGCAUCCGAAUGGAGGACAAAUACCAAAGGCGGAGCUCUGUGAAGAAGAUCGAGAAGAUGAAAGAGAAGCGUCAAGCCAAGUACUCCGAGAACAAGCUGAAGUCGAUCAAAGCGCGGAACGAGUACCUGCUGACACUGGAAGCGUCGAACUCCUCCGUUUUCAAAUACUACAUCCACGACUUGUCGGACUUAAUUGAUUGCUGUGAUUUAGGGUACCACGCCAGUUUGAACCGGGCCCUGCGAACCUACCUGUCAGCCGAAUACAACCUCGAGACAUCACGCCAUGAGGGUCUUGACAUCAUAGAGAAUGCUGUGGACAGCCUGGACCCCCGGAGUGACCGACAGAGGUUCAUGGAGAUGUACCCGACGGCAUUUUGCCCACCGACUAAAUUUGAGUUCCAGCCUCACAUGGGAGACGAGGUGUCUCAGAUCUCAGUGCAGCCACCAGUGAAUGGGGAGCUCAUCCUGAGGUUCCAGCAGCUUCAGUCUCGCCUGGCUACUCUGAAGAUCGAGAACGAAGAGAUCAAAAAGACAUCAGAGGCCACCCUGACCACCAUCCAGGACAUGGUGACAAUCGAAGACUAUGACGUGUCCGAGUGUUUUCACCACAGCAGAUCCACCGAGUCGGUCAAGUCCACUGUGUCUGAGACGUACCUCAGCAAGCCCAGCAUUGCCAAGAGGAGGGCCAACCAGCAGGAGACAGAGCAAUUCUACUUCAUGAAAUUCCGGGAGUUUCUGGAGGGCAGUAAUCUCAUCUCCAAACUACAGGCCAAACAUGACUUGCUGAAGAGGACACUUGGUGAAGGCCACAGAGCUGACUACAUGACCACAAGACAUCCCAACGGGCCGUACAAAACCCACACUGGCACCCGGCGGGCUAGACCCCGCUCUGUUUUUAAUGUUAGGUUAUUUAAUGGCAAUUUGGAGUCAUUUAUCAAGGACUCUGGACAAGCUAUCCCCCGCGUGGUUGAAAGCUGCAUUCGCUACAUCAAUUUGUAUGGCCUUCAGCAUCAAGGAAUAUUUCGUGUAUCUGGAUCCCAGCUGGAAGUCAAUGACAUCAAGAACUCAUUUGAAAGAGGAAAUGACCCUCUGACGGAUGAAGAGAAUAAUCAUGACAUCAACUCGGUGGCUGGUGUUCUCAAGCUUUACUUCCGUGGUCUGGAGAACCCUCUUUUCCCCAAAGAGAGGUUCAAUGAUCUGCUGGCCUGCAUCAGAAUAGAGAACCUGUAUGAGAGAGCGCUGUACAUUCGUAAGAUCCUCCUGACCAUUCCUAGAUCAGUCCUCAUCGUCAUGCGCUACCUCUUCGCCUUCCUCAACCACCUGUCCCAGUACAGCGACGAGAACAUGAUGGACCCGUACAACCUGGCCAUAUGCUUUGGCCCCACACUCAUGCCCACACCAGACAGCCAGGAUCAGGUGUCCUGCCAGGCCCACGUCAAUGAGAUCAUCAAGACCAUCAUCAUCCAUCAUGAGACCAUCUUUCCUGACGCCAAAGAGCUGGAUGGGCCCAUCUAUGAGAAGUGUAUGGCUGGAGGAGACUAUUGUGAGAGCCCCUACAGUGAGCACGGAGCGCUGGAGGAGGUGGACAAUGAGGGAGGGACAGAGACACACACCAGCGAGGACGAGGGUGAACCCAUUGAAGCCAUUGCCAAGUUUGACUACGUUGGGCGCUCUUCCCGUGAGUUGUCCUUCAAGAAGGGCGCCUCCCUGCUGCUGUAUCAGCGGGCGUCAGAAGACUGGUGGGAGGGGCGACACAAUGGCAUCGAUGGCCUGGUGCCACACCAAUAUAUUGUGGUCCAAGACAUAGAUGACAACUUCUCAGACACUCUGAGUCAGAAAGCUGACAGUGAGGCCAGCAGCGGCCACGCUGGAGAGGAUAAAUGCUCGGGAAAAGACAUCGGCUCGCCCACUGACACCAGGAUCUCUGAGGCCUUUAUUACCAGCAGGCACAAGAAAAGAUCAGAACCACCAUCUCGGCGGCCCCCAGCCCGGCCUACAGAUGUCCACUGCAUGGUGCAUCCCUCCCAGCAUGGUCAUGGAGGACAUGGAGGCACCCCAGAGAUGGGCUCCCCAGUCCUAGGCCACUUCAGCCCCCGGGACAUGCUGCGGAGUCGCAACCACAUGCCCAUGGACAGCCCUGAACGCCGGCGCCGCACCGGCCACGGCAGCCUGACCAACAUCAGCCGCCACGAGUCACUAAAAAAGAUGGAGAGCCCCCCGAUCCGCCGCUCCACCUCUUCAGGCCAGUACACGGGCUUUACUGAUGCCCACCACCACCACGGCGGCAAGCCCCUGGACCCGGAGACCAUCGCACAGGACAUAGAAGAAACCAUGAACACUGCUCUGAAUGAGCUGCGCGAGCUGGAGCGGCAGAGCUCCGCCAAGCACGCCCCCGACGUGGUGCUGGACACCCUGGAGCAGCGGCAGAGCUCUGGCGGUGGCGGGGGGCCCACGCCAGCCAGCUCCAGCGAGUCCCUCAGUCCCAUCCAUGGCGUCAUGCUGAGGUCCACCGCCAACACUGAGCCGCCCAUCCGCCGCAGCACCAGCUCCUCCAGUGAUACCAUGAGCACCUUCAAGCCUGUGGUAGCACCCCGCAUGGGGGUGCAACUCAAACCCCCCGCCUUGAGGCCCAAACCCAUGGUCCUGCCCAAGUCCAGCCAGGCCUUACAGCCUCCAGCUGCUCAGGACCCUCUGGACAAAUCCUGCACCAUGUAGACAUGUACAAUGGAAACCCUCAGUCAACAUUUUGGGCGGGGCUGCAAAUAGAAAUUAUUGGAGAACGUGUAAAGUACAUGGACCAGGACAGGAUAAAGGUGAAAAUAAAGUGGAGACUGAUUCGGGACUUGCAACAUAGACAGAUCUGUCAGUUGGACAUAACAUGCACAGUUAUGUGUUAAUAUGCUGAGGUUAAUAUUAUCUAACAAAUGUCUUCUUUUUAAAAAAAAAGAAAGAAAAUGAAGACGAAAUUCAAACAACAAAUCACAAAGGCUUCCUUCAAGGUUUUAGAAAUGUACAUUAGUUAGUUUACAGACAUUCAUGAACUGUGUAUCUCUGAAGAAAACACGCUUCAUGCACAGGCGCUCCUGUUUACCACUGAAUCAACCUGAACCUGGAGCCUGAAGACAACUAGUGAGCAGAUGAGAGUGGCAUUCACAUACAACUAGAUGAUGUAACUUUUUUUUGCUGUUACCUAGAAUGGGCCCAUGAAGGUGUUGUGACCUGGUUCAAAGGCCUUACUGACUUUCAAAUGUUAAAUAUUAUAAAGGUGCUGUGACUACCUGGAGAGAAGUGGUUUGAAAGUUGGACUGCGCAAGGGCUUGAAGAGCCCUGAACAACUAAUGGUACUUUGUUCAUAGAUAGAAGAACUGAUGCUUUUUUUUUUGUUUGUUUGUUUUUCACUUGCGUGUAAACUUUCUUGGGCAAGGCAUCUGGUGUGUAUCAGAAAUGUACAAAGAUCACCUCUGUGCUGGAUUUAUUUGAACGUAUUUCCAUACUGUCCUGGAAUGACAUGACCAUUGGAUAAAACCACUACUCCAUUAUGAACAUUUUUGAAUUCCUGCCUCAAUAGUUCACAGUGCAGGGAUAACAUAUGCCUAAUAGCUCAUGCCUUUGCAUGUGUAUAAUCUAUGGGGAGCAGUGUGAAAAAUUCAAAAGAUAAAUCAUCUCCUACAUACAGUUAUAGUCAUGCUGUUGAUGGCGUGGAACACAAGCUGUAGCUUCUUUUACACCUUGCUUGGCUCUUUCUACCCAAAGACUGUACAAGUUAAGGCGUGGAUGUAGAUCCGCCAUAUGUGAUGUAGGUAUUCUUCAUAUUGACUGAUGUGUAUAGACUCAUGGCGGCGCCCUGUGGGAGUGCUGCCGGUAGCCAUGGACCUGAUGACUGUUAGUGUAAAAGCCUCGUGAUGUGUUCACCCUGCUUCCUACGCUUCUCUGGAAACUGCAGCUUGCUUUGUGAACCCUCUGGUCUGUUUCAUGUUCAGCUGAGAAUGUCUGUGUUUUCUUUUUUUUUUUUUUUGUUUUUGUUUUGUUGCUGACUGACACUGAGGCUUUCUCUGUGGGUUGUCUGCUUUUGUGGAUGGUGCCAUGUGGGAACAGGAGGGGGGAGGCACAUGAACGGCCCAUGUCAGUCAGCUCAUGUGUGUCACAGGUCGAGAAAUAAUUUCAAACGUAAUAGCGCCGUAAAACUGUAUGAGUUCCAGCUGUGACUGCACCCCUGUAUGUCUCUGCCCCCCCCCAAAAAAAAACAACAACAAAAAAAAAAACCUCUGUACUGUAGAAAAGUGGGUGCAUGUCCGGGGAAUGUUUGGCUAGCAUAACACGGAAAAGUUUGCAAUGAACAAGCAAUGUUUUCUAACCGCAGGUUUACACUUUCUUUGACUUGACAGAUAUUGUGUGUAUAAUAAUCAAACAAUAAUUGAUUUUUUUGACUUACUAACUUUCAUUAUUUUUGUAAUCUUCUUUGUUAUGUUUUGUUGUGUUUCUGGGUAGAAAUUAAACGAUGUAGAUUAAAUAUCCAGAAACGCAAGUGUCCCACCUACAGUAUGAAGCCAGUUGUAAAAUGUGCGCUUUUGUCACUAUGCUAACAUCAUUUACAGUAGGACUCAGUUAUUAUGCCGUGUGUAGGUUUUAAGCUACUCUGUGGUGUUCUGUACAUCUGUAGUAUGUACUUGUGAAAGUGCCUUUGAAAAUGUUUUAGAGGAACUUCAGACAUCCUGUACUGUCGCAUUUUCAUGUCUGAUGCUGUGUUUUUUGAGGAAAUGCAGUGCAGGAAGAAGACACAUGAAUAAGUAAUGAUGCCAUUUUCCAAACAAUUAUAUGACAAUUAAUAAUAAAUAAACAGCUUAUCCAUUGUGACAUUGCACUUUUAUGUAUAUAACUGUAUAUAUGGCAUGUAACAUCAUAAUGUGUAGAGUUCUUUGAGGGCUUAUACCUCCAAGGAUUUCUUUCUAAUAAAGGAAAUAGUUUGUCGAGA